AUGCCCACAUUGCAACAAACUUUUCAAACAACCAAGCCACUUACAAACCCACCUCCUCACCCACCAGGGGACAAGGCCACACAAGUGUGA